AUGUCUCAUAGUCAAGAUAACGACAAAAGUGUUGGAAAUGUGCCAGAGGUAGAAGAUGAGGCCUUCUAUGAAAAUUUAUUUAGAGAUAGAUACACAGAGAAGGAUUUAGAAUAUGUAAAGACUCCUGCCCACACCACACCUCCAAUAGUUCCUAACUGGGCUCAGCCACCUAGACAGCAUUUUAAUAAUCAUCACCAACAGAGAGGAAACUACAAUAAUAAUAAUAAUUCAAAGCAACACUAUGAUCAUAAUCAGUCCAGGCGGAACUAUCAACACAACCAGUUCAGACCAGGUUAUGAUCAUAAUCAGCAAAACAGUAACUGGCAGCAAAACCGAUCUCAGCACAUCUACUCACAACAGUAUACCAACAACAGUAAUUAUAAUCAGAACAGAGAUACAGACAAGAUGGGCAAGACCCCAGACCUAAAAAACGUCCUCAAGACGAAUCAAAUGAAAUCUCAAAUGAAAUCCAACCCAAAAGAACUAAAUAAAAUGUGUAAAUUGAUUUUGAAGGCUUAA